GAAGAGAUCUCGACCAUCUUCGUGGUCGGAUUUCCGGAAGACAUGCAUGAAAGAGAAUUUCAAAACAUGUUCAUCUUCUCAUCCGGAUUUGAAGCUGCAACUCUCAAAAUUGGAUUCGCCAAGUUCCGUACUCGUCAAGCAGCAUUGGAAGCACGCGAUACCUUGAGUGGGCGUAGGGUAGACGCUGAAAAGGGAUCGGUACUCAAGGCAGAGAUGGCAAAGAAGAACCUCCACACGAAGCGUGGAUUAUCCAAUGAGCAGCAAGGACAGCUUAUUUUGGCACAGUCACUGCAGGCGACACAGCCAUCUCAAACACCGCCACCUGUUCCUGUGCCUGCACCCACGAACUCGUACCCCAUGCUGGCAUCAAAACGAUUCUCUCUCGCCCCACCCGGCAAUUCUGCUGCCUAUGAGGCCUUUUACUCUAGUCAUCUAAUGUCACCGCCACCAAAUGUUACCUCGCCAACCACACACCGUGUAUUUAAUAUGAUCGGAAGCAUGAAUCCAUCUGAUCAGAACCCACCAUGCAACACUCUUUACGUCGGAAAUCUUCCACCCAAUACCAACGAAGAUGAAUUGAAGAUAUUGUUCUCAAAGUGUUCUGGUUACAAGAGAAUGUCUUUCCGCAACAAAUCAAACGGACCAAUGUGCUUUGUUGAGUUUGAUGAUGUUCAAUGUGCAACCCAAGCCCUCCAGGAUCUUCAUGGAAAUAUGCUGUCCAACUCUGUAAAGGGCGGCAUUCGUCUAUCUUUUAGCAAAAAUCCA